AUGACUGGCGAAAGAAAGUCUCGAAGACGCAACAGGGAGUCUAGCUCGUCACCAAGUGGCUCUGAGCCUGCUGUGCGGAGACGCCGCACUUGCCGCGACCGUGACGAGUCGAGUGGAUCGAGAACAAGCGAGUCGAGGAAUCGUUAUGCACGUCAUGGCAAUCCUGGUUCGAGGCGUCGGCGUGAUGCGUCGCGGGUGCGUGAUGCGUCGCGGGAGCGUGAUGCGUCGCGGGUGCGUGAUGCGUCGCGGAUGCGUGGUGCGUCGCGGGAGCGUGAUGCGUCGCGGGUGCGUGAUGUGUCACGGAUGCGUGUUGCGUCGCGGGUGCGUGAUGCGUCGCGGGUACGUGAUGCGUUGCGGGCACGUGAUGCGUUGCCAAGUCGGGAGAUGGCUCACGGUUGCGAAGCUUCAUGCAAUCGUGAGAUACCGCCAAGACAUAGUCAAGACAAAACCAGAGCAUCAUGUUCAAACGCUACGCCAGCAACAAUGGUGAGUCCUUUUCAUUCUAACAAAGAAUUAGAUGCUAAUACUAACGUUAUAGUUUCGGUUUUUAAAGAGCUCAUGCAGACCAUGAAAGCAGAUGGGGGUAAUGAACGUUUUCCGGUUUUGAAUGUAAUACCGGAAUUUGACCCUAGUAAACGAACUCAAACAGUAGAAACAUGGAUAAAUAAAGUAAACGAGUGUUCUCAAAUAUAUAAUUGGACCGAAAGGCAAACCCUCCACUAUGCUCUUCCUAAAUUAGCGGGAUUGGCUCAGAAAUGGUACCAAGGCCUACCUAGCAUGUUGUUUUCAUGGUCUGAAUGGCAGAACAAAUUAAAAUUGGCAUUUCCAAGUGACCAAAACUAUGGUCAACUGUUAACGGAAAUGCUAGCUUGCAGGGCUGAAUUUGGCGAGUCCUUAGAAGAAUAUUUCUAUCAAAAGGUUGUCUUGUUAAAUAGGUGUAAUAUACACGGUAAAAAUGCAAUAGACUGUAUUUUGUUUGGGAUUGAAGAUAGGUCCGUCAGAACAAGUGCAGAAGCCACACAAUUCACGGAACCUGAUAAAUUAUUAGUUUAUCUCAGAAAUAUUAGAACUACUAAGAAGUAUAACAAGCCAAAUUCAUCCCUGCGGGUGGGCAACGCAGAAAACAAACAAUCUAAGACAUUAAAAGGACCUCAAAAUGAGCAUGACGGAAACAAUAGAAACUAUAGGCUGACAAAAUGCUAUAAUUGCGGUGAAGAGGGGCACCCAUAUUUCAAAUGUAAACUACCAAUCAAGCGUUGUGACAAAUGUCGUCAAGUAGGGCACUUAGCUGGUGGAUGUCCAGGCACCAAAGAAUCUAAUACUAAUAAUAAAACAGUUUUAAGAAUCGCAUCAGAGCCCGAUAGUGACUCUAAAUACUUUAAAACUGCCGUAGUAAAUGGUAUGACUUUAGAUUGUUUUAUAGAUUUCGGAAGUCAAUGUUCCAUGCUGCAAGAAUCUGUGGCUAAGAAUUUGGUUUGCUCAUGGUCUAUAUCAGAACUACCUGUAUUGAGAGGUUUUGGGGAUAGUGUUGUAAGUUGCUUAGGUAAAUGCAGUGUUGAGAUAAAAAUAGAUUCAGUCAUUGCUAUGGUAGAAACCCUUAUAGUGCCGGAUAAACUGUUACAAGUUCCUUUACUCUUAGGACAAACAUUCACGGAACAAGAACAUGUUGUCGUCGUAAAGACUAACAACCAGCUUAAAAUAACCACGAACAUAACUAAUAACGUAUUAGUAUAUGUUAAUGACUCACUCACCAUACAUGGGUAUACCCUAGUGAGUAUUCAUACGAAACCAAGGUUUACUGGCGACUUAUUUGUUGAACCUUCUUUUUGUCAGGAUACUCAUAAACAAUACGAGAUCAUUCAAAGUGUAAUACAAGUGAAUGAUGGGCAGGGAACGAUUGUUGUCAAAGGCUUAAAUUCUGGAUUCAAAUUGCUGAAAGAUACUUUAUUGCUUCGGGCUCUUCCAUUAAGUGAAGCACAGGCACUAAAUAUUGGCAGAAUAGAACAUUGUCCAGAUAAUACAGUAACACCCCAAAUUAAUCUCUCAUUGGUACAGGUUGAUGACGAUAUUGGGUCUGAACAUAAGACCAGAUUAAUGGAACUGCUUAAUGAGUUUAGGGACUGUUUUGCUUUUUCGGCUAAAGAACUAGGGUGUAUAAGUGGUACAGAAAUGAAUAUAAACCUUAGCGAUACCACUCCUGUAGUAUACAGACCUUAUAGAUUGUCGUAUUCGGAAAGGCAUGUAGUUCGUGACAUGAUACAAGACUUAACUGACUCAGGAAUAAUUAGGCAGUCGUCGUCAAAUUACGCAUCCCCAAUCGUAUUAGUACGCAAAAAGAACGGUGACCACCGUCUCUGUAUUGACUUUAGGGCACUUAACAAAAAGACCAUAAAAGAACACUAUCCUAUGCCUCGUAUAGAUGAUCAAUUAGAUAAUCUAUCAGGUCAUAGAUACUUUACUUCUCUUGAUCUCGCCUCAGGAUAUUAUCAGAUCCCAAUGGCGGAAUCGGCAAAGCAUCUAACAGCUUUGUGA